AUGGCUGUUGCCGGCGCCCUUGCCGGCGUGCUCGGAGGCUACGGGAACCACGGGCGCUACGAGGUUACCGAGGUUACUGAGGCUACGGCGGCCAGGGCGGUUAGGGCGGCUACGGCGGCUACGACGGCCACUGCGGCCACGGCGGCCACGGCGGCUACGAAGGCUACGAAGGCUAAGCCGGCUACGAAGGUUACGCCGGCCACGAAGGCAACGCCGGCAACGAAGGCUACGGCGGCCACGGCGGCUACUGCGGCUAGGGCUCCUAGGGCGGCUAGGGCGGCUACGGCGGCCACGGCGGCUACAGCGGCUACGGCGGCUACGGCGGCCACUGCCGCGACGGCGGCCACGGCGGCCACGGCGGCCACUGCGGCGACGGCGGCUACGGCGGCUACGGCGGCUACGGCGGCUACGGCGGCCACGGCGGCCACGGCGGCCACAGCGGCCACUGCCGCGACGGCGGCCACGGCGGCCACGGCGGCCACUGCGGCGACGGCGGCGACGGCGGCUACGGCGGCUACGGCGGCUACGCCGGCGACGGCGGCCACGGCGGCUACGGCGGCUACGGCGGCCACGGCGGCCACGGCGGCUACGGCGGCUACGGCGGCCACGGCGGCCACUGCGGCCACGGCGGCGACGGCGGCCACGGCGGCAACCGCGGCCACGGCGGCCACGGCAGCUACGCCGGCUAACCCUGGCUACGGCGACUACAGCGGCUACGGCGGCUACGGUGGCCACAGCGGCUUCGGGCGCGGAUACGGAAGCAGUCUGAGUCAUGGAGGACUGUAA